AUGGAUCCUGGUGAGGGUUCCGAUCUUAACAAGCGCUAUCCGCUAGCGGUCGCUUUGCCAACCUUGUCUUUCUUGUCCAUUGGUCUUUCCAUCUCGCCGUUGAUCCUGCAUGCCAAGAACCGCAACUUGCCAGCUACGGCUCUGAUAUGCUGGUGUAGUAUCCUCAAUGUGUUCAACAUUAUCAAUGCCCUGAUCUGGCCAAACGACAACAUCAACGCAUGGUGGGAUGGCAAAGGCCUCUGCGAUGUCGAGUUGAAGAUCAUGGUCGCGAGUUACGUGGCUAUCCCAGGGUGUCUGGUGAGCAUGUUCCGGGGCCUGGCAAUGGUCAUGGAUACGAGUCGUGCAACUUGGACCCCGAGCAAGAUCCUGCGUUGGCGCAACCGAGCCAUCGAUCUACUGUUCUGUGUGAUCGCUCCGAUAAUUGCCAUGAUCACGCACAUUGUCUGGCAGAAAAGCCGCUUCCUUCUCUACUCCAUUUCGGGCUGUGUGAACAACUUCGACGAGAGCUGGGUGACCUUUAUGCUGGCAUUUAUCUGGCCCCCCAUUCUCUGUUUGAUCGCCGGCUAUUAUUGUUGCCUCGUCUUAAUGCGACUUUUGAAAUACCGAAACGACUUUGUGCAUAUCCUGCGAUCCCGUGGUACCACUAUGAACAAAUCAGGGUUCCUUCGCCUUUUCUUCCUCGCUUUCUCUAUGCUUAUUGCAAUCCUACCCGUGGAGACCUACCUGGUCUGGUACGAUAUGAGCCUUUCAAUGCCCUGGCAUCAGUACUCAUGGAAGAGACUCCAUGGACCAGGCUCAAAUUGGUCUCAAAUCCAAAAGGUGCCUACCUCCGGUAUGGUAUUCUUCGACAGAUGGAACCCGGUUGCGGCAGGAUUCAUGAUUUUCAUCUUUUUCGGUUUCGGUCAUGAUGCCACUAAGAUGUAUCGUCUGCUGUCCUGGUAUCUCGGUUUCGGGUACUGCUUUCCCGGUGUGUCUCGUCCGCUUGAGUCACAGGCCCUGGCCACUGUCCCUGCUCGCAAUGACUCCAGUUCGACUACUUUGGCUGGAAGCGCCAGCAGCAAGGGAAAGUCAGUCUUCAAGAAGGCAUUUUCACCACGGCAUGUAUUUCCUAGAUUUCCCAGACGGCCAUAUACUAACAACUGGACUACCAGCGGCCCUGUUCUUCCAACCCACAAUGGUCCCUACAAUCAAAUCGACAAGGACACAGUCUCAUCCUCAGUCCCAAUCAUCAAUGCCAACUUGCCCACUAAGAAAAUCCCGUGGUACCGCUCAUUCUGGAAUCGCCGCAAAGCUUCUCAUAAUGCUGGCAUGGGCAACCUUCUUGAUGAUCUGUCCGUUCCAUCUCAGACCAUCUGCACCAAUGCUUGGGCAGGAAUCAGCCAAAGCCGAGGAAGUAAUGAGUAUUCAGUUGGCCCGUUCUCACCCCGGACCAAGGAUUUCAUUCAUGUGAAGCAAGUCAUUCGUCAGGAGAGUGAGGUUCAGCUCUAG